AGAGAUGAACGAAACGUGUUUUUGUUUUUGAUCAGUCAGUGGCACGCGCUCAACAUUUUUGGUGAAUGGAACGAAAAUUUGUUUAAACUUAAUUGCAAACUUUACAGACAAUAUUAUUUCGGAACGUUCCUAAAAAGUUCAUUUGCUUCGUAACUGUGAACAGAACAUGCGCGGAAGUGUUAUCUUUCAGCAGAACCGAGCCCUGGGUUACGUGAGCAAUCACGUACCGGCCAACGUGCGAUUCAUUGACAAACGCAAUGAGAAUGUUAUUACGACCUGCGUUGGGAACUCGUUCCAUGUUUACGGGGCCAACAGUUUCCGUUUGAUCCGAGUUGGAGGGCUACACCCGGAGGACAUAACUUGCCUGGCGGCGGACGGAUUCUUAACCUAUGCUGCUAGCGGGAACGUGAUUUACGGUUGGAGGUCAAGUACCCAGCUGCGCAAAACCUAUCGGGGCCACACGAAGAAAGUGCACCUGCUGUUGGCCUUUGGAAAACAUUUGCUGUCGGUCGACGAGACCAGCUUGUUGAAGAUUUGGCAUGUUGGAACAGAGGAAGUGUAUUUGGAAAUUCUGUUCAAUAAUGAGCAGUUCGAAAUUUCGGCUUUAAUGCACCCGGCUUCAUACAAGAACAAAAUUCUGCUGGGAAGCAGUCAGGGUGGUCUGCAGCUUUGGAAUAUAAAAAGUUCCAAAUUGGUUCAUACAUUCGAAGGGUUCGACAGUAAGGUGAUGGUUCUAUCGCAGGCACCAGCUAUAGACGUGGUAGCGGUUGGCCUGCAGAAUGGCAGGAUCGUAGUAAUGAACAUAAAAUAUGAGGAGACUAUCAUGGAAUUAACGCAGGACUGGGGACCUGUUACAGGAAUCACAUUCCGCACGGAUGGACACCCUAUUAUGGCAACGGCUAGUACAAAUGGACAAAUAACGUUCUGGAAUUUGGAAGAGCAGGUGAUUGUGUCAACUUUGCAAGCGCAUGACGAUUCAAUUACCACGCUUCAGUGCUUUCCUGACGAACCAUUGCUGUUGACAACCUCUCCUGAUAACUCUAUGAAGCUUUGGAUAUUCGAUUUACCAGACGGUGGGGCUCGCCUGUUGAGAAUUCGGGAAGGCCAUGCUGCUCCUCCAACUUAUAUUCGCUACCACGGUUCCUCCGGUCGAAAUAUUCUGUCGGCAGGGGAGGAUUCCUCGCUAAGAAUUUUCAGCACCGUAUCGGAGACGUUAAACAAAAGUUUGGGAAAAGCCAGUUACAAUCGUAAAGCCUCGAAGAAACACCGAAAGAAAGAUGAUCCGUUCCGAAUGCCAGCGAUUAGCUGUUUCACAUCCGAGACCACUCGUGAUAAAGAAUGGGACAGCAUUGCAGCAUCCCACAGUGGAUUGGUUCAGGUCACUACAUGGUCUUUCGACAAGUGUAGAAUGGGCGAAUUGAAAUUGGUACCGGAGGUAUUCCAUAAUAAGAAUCGCACAGAUUUUGGAGUAACCGUCAGCGCCCUUUGUUUGAGUCAUUGUGGAAACUUCGUUGUUAUUGGCUACACCAGUGGCCAUUUGGAGCGGUUCAACAUUCAAAGUGGGAUACAUCGAGCCAGUUAUGGGAAGCCACCGGCGCAUGAUGGAGUAGCGGUACGUGGAAUAGCCCUCGACAAUUUGAACCAAUUUGUGGUGUCGGGUGGAGCUGAAGGAAAACUAAAAUGGUGGAACUUCAAGCAAAAUGUUAAUAAGUCCGUCCACAGCGUACAACUGGAUGAACCGGUGUCCCUAUUUAGCACCCACCGGGAAAGUGCCAUGAUUGCGGUCGCACUAGAGGACUUCACUGUACUUAUUGUGGAUAUCGACAGUCGAGCAGUUGUAAGAAAAUUUGUUGGCCACAAAGGAUCUAUAACGGAUGCGUGUUUCUCGCCGGACAGUCGAUGGCUGUUGACGGCAAGUAGAGAUUGUUCAGUUAAAGUGUGGGACAUACCUUCGGCCUACCUAGUCGAUCACUUCCGAAUGCCUCAGAUUUGCACCUCAUUGAGUAUGUCUCCAACGGGAGAUUUCCUCGCGACGACUUAUGUGGACAACAACGGGAUUUAUCUGUGGGCGAACAAAAGCCUGUUUUCCCACAUAUCCUUCCGAGCGAUCAAAUCUGAUGCCGAAGCACCGUUGAUUAAUCUUCCAUCGACGGUUUGCGAUGAAAACGCGACAGCGCUUCUCGUGUCCGAAAAUGAAAUUGACGACUUGGAAGAUGCAAUGGAAGAUAUCAAUCUAAGCUACGAAAGUCCGCCACAGCUUUCACAAGAAUUAAUCACCAUGUCCAGUUUGGCAGCUUCGCGCUGGCAGAACCUACUCGACUUGGACAUCAUCAAGAAGCGGAAUCGACCGAGGCAAGCACCGGAAAAGCCCAAGUCGGCACCAUUCUUUCUGCCGACAGUGUCGGGUUUGGAUUUUCAAUUCGAUUUGGAAAACGCACAAAACCCAUCAACGGAAGAUACAUCGAAGAUUGUGAAGCCGAAUCAAGUCGAGCAGUUGACAAACUUUGGUAAGUUGUUGAAGGAUGCUGCGUUGAACGGCAACGAAGAAUUCAGCAAGGCGAUUGAGUUCCUCAAGAAGCUGGGUCCUUCUAUGGUAGAUUUUGAGAUUCGAAGCCUCAGUCCGCUGGACGGUGGUAGCGGAAGCGUUUCGUUAAUGUUUGCAUUUAUGCGUAUGAUCGUGGCGCUUUUGGAGAGUAACCAGGGAUUUGAGCUAGGACAAAGUUGGUUAAGUGUGUUUUUGAAGAGCCAUGGUCGUACCAUUGUUGAGAACGAGGAACUUAGGGGGCUACUGGAUGAAGUGCAACAUGCGCAGGCCAAAGGCUGGAACUUGCUGGAAGAACGAUUACUCUACGGGAUGGGAGUGGUAAGUAGUUUAAGAAAUUUCAAUGUUUGAAGAUAUUUUAUCCAAAAUAUAUGGAUGACAGAGAUUUCCACUAAAAUUCUCGA